ACUCGCACAGCGCCAGCGUUUGUGCGCGUAAACUGUCACCCGAACUUGGAGACUGCUGCGUAACCGCCAGUUGGUUUAAUGUUUGACUUCCCCUCUGUCAGUCAUCCACUCACAGGUGAUUCUGCCAGAUGAUGUCAAUGUUUCGUCUCGAUUUGACAGCCGAGCAAAUUCAAUCGGACUGACUGACUCCGCCUUGCUGGUGCGGGACUUGUCCACAGGCUUUCCAGUGUGCGCGCCCGGUGCGCCCUGACGGAGCGAGCUUUUUUCUCCACAGUCACUCACGCUCGUCAGCAGUGACUCUGACGCGCAGGAGGACCACCACCACCACCAGCAGCAGCAGCAGCAGCAGGACCAGCAGGACCAAGACUCUUCCCGGGAGUGCGCGUCUGUUUGCCGCCGAGCAACAUGUUUCCAGCGUGGAGAGGCGCAAAGCCGGCGGCGGCGGCCGCGGCGGCACAGAGUGGACAGGUGUGGGUCUCCUGUUGGAUUCUGCUGUCGGCGACGUGCAUCAUCGGCGUUCGGGCUCAAGUCGAUGAUGUCCCACCCUACUUUAAAAUGGAGCCGCCUCAGACCCAGGUUCACCUCGAGGGGAACCGUUUGGUUCUGACCUGCAUGGCUGAGGGUAGCUGGCCCCUGGAAUUCAAGUGGAUCUACAACGGCUCUGAGCUGACACAUUUUUCCUUGGAAUACCGAUAUCUGAUCCCUUCAUUGGACCGAUCGCACGCUGGCCACUACCGCUGCAUCGUUAGAAACCGAGUGGGCGCCAUAAUGCAGUGCACGACUGAAGUGCAGGUUGCCUAUAUGGGCAGUUUCGUGGAGGGCGAGAGGUCUCAAACUGUAUCCCAGGGCAAAGGUGCGCUCAUCCAUGCGCCGCAGAUACACAGUUUCCCAAGGCCACAGAUCACGUGGUUCAGAGACGGGCGUAAAAUUCCCUCCAGCAGCCGCAUCGCCAUCACCCUGGACAACACACUGGUCAUCCUCUCCACAGUUGCCCCUGAUGCAGGACGUUAUUAUGCGCAGGCUGUAAAUGACAAGAACGGGGAGAACAAAACCAGUCAGCCUGUCACGCUGACAGUGGAGAAUGUCGGAGGACCCGCAGACCCCAUCGCCCCCUCCAUCAUCAUCCCACCCAAAAACACAAGCGUAACGGUGGGGAGAAAUGAGGCGGUCAUGGAGUGCGUUGCCAAUGCGAGACCCCUUGUCAAAAUGAGCAUCACGUGGAGGAAAGACGGGAUCGUGAUCACCACGGGGAUUCGAGACUUUGGACGGAGGUUGGUCAUCAGCCUCCCAGCGGUCAUCGAUAGCGGUUACUACGAGUGUGAGGCGUCUCUUCGCAGCAGCAGCGUCCCGUCAGUCACAGCGGGGGCCUUCCUGCACGUUCUUGAGUACCCCCUGUUUGUAAAAGAGCCACCUAGUCACAUUAGUGCCGAGAUGGAGAAGGUGGUGGAUAUCCCCUGUCAGGCACAAGGCACGCCUCAGCCUGACAUUGUGUGGUAUAAAGAUGCAGUGCCCAUCAGUCCAGUGAAGAUCCCCAGGUACAGAGUGUUGGUAGGAGGCAGUCUUCAGAUCAAUGGCCUUCUACCCGAUGAUACGGGAAUGUUUCAGUGCUUCGCUCGCAACCUCGCCGGAGAGAUCCAGACAAACACUUACUUAGCAGUUACAAGUAUUGCUCCGAACAUCACCAGCGGGCCCUCUGACAGUGCAGUGAUUGACGGCAUGUCAGUCAUUCUCCACUGUGAGACCUCAGGAGCCCCGCGGCCUGCCAUCACCUGGCAGAAAGGUGAACGUGUUUUGGCCAGUGGCUCAGUCCAGCUGCCCAGGUUCACCCUGCUGGAGUCGGGCAGCCUGCUAAUUAGCCCCUCCCACCUGUCCGACGUUGGAAUCUACACCUGCAUGGCCAGUAACUCCAGGGGCAUUGACGAAGCUUCAGCUGACCUCGUGGUUUGGGCACGAACCCGGAUCACAAAGCCACCACAAGACCAGAGUGUCAUCAAAGGGACCAAAGCUGUAAUGACCUGUGGUGUGACCCAUGACCCCAGUGUCACCGCGAGGUAUGUGUGGGAGAAGAGCGGCUCUGUGAUUGACGUGAACAUGUCGCCUCGCCUGCGGCUCGAUCCCGACGGGACCCUACACAUCUCCCAGACGUGGUCGGGCGACAUCGGAACAUACACCUGCAGGGUGACCUCAGUGGGUGGUAACGACUCCCGCAGCGCCCACCUCCGAGUCAGGCAGCUGCCUCAUGCUCCAGAGAACCCACUAGCAGUUUUAGGGACAACAGAAAAAAGGACCAUCAACCUAACAUGGGCCCAGGCAUUUGACGGCAACAGUCCCCUGAUCCGUUAUAUCCUGGAAGUGUCCGAGAAUAAUGCCCCAUGGACGGUGCUGCUGGCCAACAUUGAACCUGAGUCUACUGGGGUUACAGUCGGCGGACUCAUUCCAGCACGUUCCUACCAGUUCCGCUUGUGUGCUGUCAACGACGUGGGCCGAGGGCAGUUCAGCAAAGAAACAGAUCGACUUACACUUCCUGAAGAGCCUCCCAGUGCCCCCCCUCAGACGGUCAUCGCGAGUGGCCGCACAAACCAGUCCAUUAUGAUCCAAUGGCAGCCGCCCCCGGAGAGCCAUCAGAACGGUCCACUCCAAGGCUACAUCGUGAGGUACUGUCUCUCAGGGCUGCCUGUGGAUUGCCAGAUGAAAAAUAUCACCAACCCGGACCAGACUAGUCUGCUCCUGGAGGACCUCAUCAUCUGGACCAACUAUGAGAUUGAAGUUGCAGCUUACAAUGGAGCAGGGAGGGGCACCUACAGCCACAAGGUCACUGAGUGGACACUGCAAGGAGUCCCCACUGUGCCGCCGGGAAAUGUCCAAGCCGAAGCUGUCAACUCAACCACGGUGCGCUUUACCUGGACUGCCCCAAGUCCACAGUUUAUCAACGGGAUCAACCAGGGGUACAAGCUGCUGGCAUGGGAACCAAACCGUGGGAAUGAGGUCGCUAUGGUAAUGGUGCGUCCCAAUUUCCAGGACAGUGUUCAUGUAGGUUACAUCUCUGGCCUUAAAAAGUUCACUGAGUAUUAUACAUCAGUACUGUGUUUCACAACGCCGGGAGACGGUCCACGAAGCCCACCUCAGCGCUUACGGACCCAUGAGGACACUCCUGGUGCUGUGGGACACCUUAGCUUCACUGACAUCUUGGACACCUCGUUGAAAGUCAGCUGGAAAGAGCCACAAGAGAAGAACGGCCUUCUCACAGGGUACCGUAUCUCCUGGGAGGAAUUCAACAGGACCAAUACCCGGGUUACGCAUUAUUUACCCAACCUUACUCAGGAGUACAAGGUUACCGGGCUCACCGCCCUCACCACUUACACCAUCCAGGUGGCAGCCAUGACCUCCAAGGGCCAGGGUCAACUGUCAGCCUCUACCAUUUCCUCUGGUGUCCCACCCGAGCUCCCUGGUCCUCCCACUAAUUUAGCCAUCUCCAACAUUGGCCCUCGAUCUGUCACUCUACAGUUCAAACCUGGUUAUGAUGGCAAGACAUCCAUCUCCCGUUGGCAGGUUGAAGCUCAGAUUGGUGUAGUAGGCGACAAUGAAGAGUGGCUUAUGGUUCAUCAGCUGGCUAAUGAACCUGAUGCUCGAUCUUUGGAGGUUCUGGACCUGAACCCCUACACGUUCUACAGGUUCCGUAUGCGUCAGGUAAAUAUUGUGGGCACCAGUCCUCCGAGUCAACCCUCCAGGAAGAUCCAGACUCUGCAGGCCCCUCCGGACAUUUCCCCUGCCAACGUCACCCUGCGAACGGCCAGCGAGACCAGCUUGUGGCUUCGCUGGGUGCCUCUUCCAGAGUGGGAAUACAACGGGAAUCCAGAACUCGUCGGUUACCGGAUCCAGUACUCCAAAGCUGGUUCGAAAGGAGGAGUUCUUUCUCAUAUCAUCAUGGAUCGACUGGAGAGGGAGUUCACUAUCGAGGACCUGGAGGAGUGGAUGGAGUACGAGGUCAGAGUGCAGGUCAUCAACGGUAUUGGCUCUGGGCCCUGGAGUCAGCCGGUUCACGGCAGGACGAGGGAGUCUGUGCCCUCCUGCGGCCCCACUAAUGUGUCAGCCUUUGCCACCACCUCCAGCAGCAUCCUGGUGCGCUGGGGAGAAGUCCCAGAAGCUGACCGCAAUGGUCUCAUAUUGGGCUAUAAGGUUAUUUAUAAGGAGAAGGACUCUGAAAUAACGCCCAGCUUCUGGACAGUGGACGGCAACACCAGCCACAGUAUCCAGCUGACCGGGCUGGGCAAGUACGUGCUCUACUCCAUACAGGUCCUGGCCUUCACACGGAUAGGAGAUGGAAGACGCAGCUCACCACCCAUUUUGGAAAGAACGCUGGAUGAUGUUCCAGGACCUCCAGUGGGAAUUCUGUUCCCAGAAGUGAGGACAACAUCGGUCAGACUCAUUUGGCAACCUCCUUCACAGCCCAAUGGAAUUAUCCUGGCCUAUCAGAUCACAUUCCGAAAAAACUCUUCAAAUAGCAACGCCGCCACUGUAGACGUGCUGAGCCCCAGCGCACGGCAGUACACAGCUGCUGGACUGAAACCAGAGACGGUUUACGUAUUCCGGCUCACCGCUCAGACCAGGAAGGGUUGGGGUGAGGCAGCCGAGGCUUUGGUGGUCACAACGGAAAAGAGAGCCCGACCCCAGCCCACGAGCUGCCCCAUUGUGCUGCAAGAAGAGGUCCAAGCUCGCAGGGUUCUGUUGUCAUGGGAACCAGGCAGCGAUGGCUUGUCUCCAGUUCGUUACUAUACAGUCCAGUACAGAGAACUUCCAGACAAAAACUGGACGGUCCACUCUGCCUCAGUCAGCCAUGAAACACACUCCUAUAUAGUGGACAGGUUAAAGCCUUUCACUUCUUACCAGUUCCGUGUUAAAGCCACCAAUGAUAUUGGAGACAGUGAGUACAGUGAAGAAAGCGAAGCCAUCACAACGCUGCAGGAUGCCCCAGACAAAGCGCCAACCAUCCUCUCUGUAACACCUCACACCACCACAUCUGUCCUGGUUCGAUGGCAGCCACCUUCUGAGGAUCACAUCAAUGGAGUCCUGCUGGGGUUCAGGGUCCGGUACCGGGAGCUCCACUAUGACCGACUGCGCAGCUUCACUGUGCGCACGGUGAAUAGUCCCUCAGCCAGCUGGACUGACCUCACUGCUCCUUACAGCGUUAGGAACUUAAGUGAAUCGUCGCUAACGCAGUACGAACUGGAUAAUUUGAGUAAACACAAACGCUACGAGAUCCGCCUCAGUGUGUACAAUGCUGUGGGGGAGGGGCCAAGCAGCGCACCGCAGGAAGUGUUUGUCGGCGAAGCGGUGCCGACGGCCCCGCCCCAAAAUGUUGUGGUGCAGUCGUCAACAGCCACACAACUGGACGUGACAUGGCACCCACCGCCUCAGGAUGCGCAGAACGGGGACAUACAAGGAUACAAGAUUUAUUUCUGGGAGUUUCAGCUGCAGAAUGAAACGGAGCGGCUGCGUACCCUCUUCCUGCCAGAGCUCAGUGUGAAGCUGAAAAAUCUAACCGGCUACACCACAUACAUGAUCAGCGUGGCAGCCUUCAACGCUGCAGGGGACGGGCCACGCUCCCUGCCCACCAGAGGGCGCACUCAGCAAGCAGCACCCAGUGCACCCAGCUUCAUCCACUUCAGCGAGCUGACCACCACGUCGGUCAACGUGUCCUGGGGCGAGCCGAAACAAGCCAAUGGUAUCAUUGAGGGCUACCGCCUGGUUUAUGAGCCCUGCACUCCAGUGGAUGACUCCUCUCCUCGCACUCCAGGUGUCAGUAAGAUAGUGACAGUAGAUGUGAAGGGCAGCAUUCCCCUAUGGAUGAAGAUCAAAGAUCUGGCUGAUGGCGUCACUUAUAACUUCCGCAUUCGUGCCAAAACCCUCACUUAUGGCCCUGAGGUAGAGGCCAACAUCACCACUGGACCUGGAGAAGGAGCCCCUGGACCUCCUGGAGAACCUUUUAUUUCUCGUUAUGGAGCUGCCCUCACACUUCACUGGACCAGUGGAGACCAGGGCCAUGCACCCAUCACACGAUACGUCAUCGAGGCCAGGCCAUCGGAUGAAGGAUUAUGGGAUAUCCUUAUCAAAGACAUUCCUAAGGAAGUGACUUCAUACACACUUAACCUGGACAUGCUGAGAGAAGGGGUCACCUAUGACUUUCGUGUAAUUGCUGUCAACGACUAUGGCUAUGGGUCACCGAGUGCACCAUCACCCUCCAUAUCAGCCCAGAAAGUUUCUCCGUUUUACGAGGAGUGGUGGUUCCUGGUCGUCAUCGCUCUGGUGGGCCUCAUCUUCAUCCUGCUCCUCGUCUUUAUCCUCAUAAUCCGAGGACAGAGUAAAAAAUACACCAAGAAAGCAGAAUCAGGCAACCAUUCCAACUGCACGGCGCUGCCUCUGACCCAUGGAGAGAUGGUGCGUCUGGAUGAGGGACGCUUUCCAGCCCUGGAGCUCAACAACAGACGUCUGUCUGUGAAAAACUCUUUUUGCCGCAAGAACGGCAUCUACACAAGGUCCCCGCCGAGGCCCAGUCCUGGAAGUCUCCACUAUUCAGAUGAGGAUGUCAGCACGAAGUAUAAUGACCUGAUCCCAGCAGAGAGCAGCAGUCUGACUGAGAAACCCUCUGAGAUAUCUGAUUCUCAGGGCAGCGACAGCGAAUAUGAGAUGGAUCAAAGCAGGCAAAAGACCCACUCCUUCGUCAACCACUAUAUCAGCGACCCCACCUACUACAACUCCUGGCGACGGCAGCAGAAGGGCGUCUCCCGUCCGCCAGCCUAUGGCUUCUCCCAGCCUGAGCCGCUGGUGGAACAGGAGUCGCGACCGCACCCUCCGCCCGUGCCCCCUCUGCCACCUCUCCUUCCGCAGAGCGCCGCAACCCCACAGCCCCAGUGCCAGGGCACUCUGUUCAGGUCAAAGGGAAGCCGGACUCCCACCCCCUCCUUGCUGUCCUCCGAGCCCCCCAGCCAGCACAGCGCCCUCUACCGGCCCCCCAGCAGCCUGGGCUGUGCCGCUCAGGGACCUACCGCGGGCUUCUCCUCUUUUGUUUGAUGCACAACUCUCCUUCCAAUAACAGCGGGACCCUGAGGACGAGUCAUUAAAUUUUUGUGGGUUUAUUUGUAUUUUGUUGUUUAGGUUAUUUCUGUCUCACUGACAGCUGUUGCCCAGUAUUCAGCAGAUUAGCGCUUUCUCCUCUGUGAAGAAUGUGUACAUAGGUAUGGCUGUUUGUGUGUGUGUGUGCGUGGUUGAUUAAUCCAUGUGGUAUGUAUUUUAUGAAAAAAAGACAAUCAUUUGAAAGUUUUUAUGCGUUGCUCACAUCGAUUUACUUCAAGAUGCAAUGGAACCUGUGCAUCAGAAAAAAUAAAUCUUUUAAAAGCACUAUUAUUGUUUCAUAUGAGAGCUUUAUGAAAGAAGAAGAAUGUAGACUUUGGCCCAUUUGAUGUGCUGAGACAGGACAAUGGUUAAAGUGACUCCAGUGGACCGAUGAGACAUUUGAGUAGCAGACCAGCUGUUGGUGGAAGACAGACUUGGACUUGGAGAAAGACACUGGGGUCAGUGUAGGUCGACAGAGUGAUUGCUGCCUUUGAAUUCUCACUCUGCCUAAUCAUUGUUGGAACUGCAUUAUGUGUUUACUAUGUACUUGUCCCAUAUUGUUCAUCAGAUAUUUAUAUCAAUCAGCUCAAAGCUCUACAUCUUCAGAACUCCACCAGUGACAAUGUUAUGAAUCACAUUAAAGCAUUGUAGCACCUUU